AUGGAAGGAUACGCAAAGAGAGUACAUGAUCCUUAUUUCCAGCCUCCGUUGCAGUCUGCAAUAGUUUCUGGAGUUUCUCUUGGUAGCUGUGUGUGGGUGCCAGGGCCGGUCAUUGUUGGAGCUGGACCUUCUGGGCUUGCUGCUGCGGCUUGUCUCAAGAACCAAGGUAUUCCGGUCUUGAUUCUUGAAAAGACUAAUUGUAUAGCGUCUUUGUGGCAAAUCAAGACGUAUGAUCGUUUAUGUCUUCAUCUUCCCAAACAAUUUUGUCAACUCCCGUUUAUGCCUUUUCCUAAAGAUUACCCGAACUACCCUACUAAGCAACAGUUCUUAGCUUACCUUGAAGCGUAUGCCAAAAACUUUGAUUUGAAUCCUGUUUUCAACACCAUGGUAGUGAAGGCCGAAUAUGAUGGUGUGUUUGGGUUCUGGAGGGUGCAAACAAAGGUGACUGAGUAUGUUUCUCGAUGGGUUAUUGUAGCUACUGGAGAGAAUGCCGAGGAAGUUGUGCCUAAAAUUGAAGGGAUGAAUGAGUUCAUUGGGCCAAUUCUACAUACAAGUUCGUACAAAAGUGGUGAUUGCUUUGAAAAUAAGAAUGUUCUUGUAGUUGGGUGUGGGAAUUCAGGCAUGGAGGUCUGCUUGGAUCUAUGCAACUACAAUGCUUGUCCAUCAGUUGUGGUUAGAGGAUCUUUGCAUGUGUUACCACAAGAGAUGCUUGGGAGAUCAACUUUUGGACUGUCGAUGUGGCUGCUCAAGUGGUUCCCAGUUCGAGUAGUAGACAGGCUCUUGCUUUUUGCAUCACAUUUCAUGAUUGGAGACACCGAUAGACAUGGACUGAAUAGACCAAAGCUCGGUCCCCUUGAGCUAAAGAACGUCUCCGGAAAGACUCCAGUAUUGGAUGUGGGCACACUUGCAAAGAUAAGAAGUGGGGACAUCAAGGUUUAUCCAGGAAUAAAGAGACUAGCACGCAAUAAUGUGGAGUUUGUAGAUGGAAGAAUAGAGAAAUUCGAUGCCAUCAUUUUAGCCACAGGUUACAGAAGUAAUGUGACUACUUGGUUAAAGGACACCAAUUCAUUCUUCGAAAAAGAUGGGUUCCCCACGAAACCAUUCCCAGAAGGCUGGAAAGGGGAGUGUGGAUUAUACGCAGUUGGGUUCACAAAACGUGGCUUACUGGGUACAUCCAUGGACGCUGCUAAGAUUGCGGAAGACAUUGCGUGCCAAUGGAAUACAGACAAGAAGCAUUUAAAAUCGUUACGCCAUCAACCACCGAAGCUAUCCGUUUAUAUAGACUCAUAA